CUUUGGUAAAAGCAUCUAAAUCAUUUGCAAACACCUUCUCUAAUAUAACAGUCAUGAUAUCCCAAGAUGAUAAGGCCAAAGUUAAUAUUGGCAUACUGGCUGUAGAGCACAUAUUUCAAACAAUACAAUUGCUUGCUAAACCCGUAGAAGUAGAAGAUUAUGACUUUCCAAUAGGA